AUGUCUGGAGCAGACAUCUUCCUGUCGUUCGCGUUCUUGAAGCCUCUCAAGUUGAAUGCCUUCCACUACAGUCAAUCCAGAGGCGUUCAUCUCUCUACAACGAAGUCGAAAUGGGAGGUUGGGAGAGGUUAUAAACCGAAGGAUGUUUGGAUUCAUCAUGCCCGUACUUCUGCGAGUGUCGCGCAUGCUACCAUCACUAGAGAUCCCCAGGGCUCCCUUACAAUCAAGGAUCAUUUGCAAAAUGGGACCUGGAUCGUCAAGGACUCUUGCUCUCGUAGCCUCGCGAUCAAAGUUACCUCACCCGAGAUACUCUACGACAGCUCAGAAGUGUGGCUCGGCCCUCCCGAUGAAGCGUUGUCUUCCGGGUUUAUCUUCAUCGAUGUUCUUGCUCACAGCCCAUUUCUGCGCAAAUAUGCGUAUCAUAGCCAACUGGGAUCGGGCGCUUUCGGAGACGUCUGCAAGUUUUUCGCUCGGGCGGAUCCGUCCCAAUUCUUUGCUGUCAAGGUGCUUGACUACGGGUCCGAGGGCGCCAGUAGUCGCUUCGAUUGUCUCAAAGAAGUAGAGCUACUGAAACUCGCGAGGUCUCAUCCCCGCAUAUGCUCCUUGCUCGAGAGUUUCCACGAUGAAGUCAACAACAAAUUCUAUCUCGUACUUGAGUACAUGCCAUGCGGGAGUCUCGCGAGCUACUACGCCAACCGUAAGCCAGCGUCUGCCGCCGAGACGAGGGUCAUUAUGAAACAGGUAUCCGAAGGCAUUGCAUAUCUGCAUGAGUUAGGAAUAGUCCAUCGCGACUGCAAACCAGACAACAUAUUGAUCAAGCGUCUAUUUCCUUAUCCCGAGUUCGCUCUCUCGGAUCUAGGACUUGCCCAACGGUCGAGGUCAUCCAGAUUGCAUACUCGAGCCGGCACCCCAUUUUACAUGGCUCCUGAGAUAUUCCAGAAGAACGGAGACUUCUCGACGGGCUAUACUAACAAAGUUGAUUGCUGGGGAGUAGCGUUGACGGGCUUCAAUAUCCUUAUCGGUAUCCAUGAAUCGCCCUGGGUACCCGGUCCGCACAGUAGAACUUCCCCUGAACUUGAUUGGGACGCGAUGCGAAGACGCAAAGUCGGUGUGAACGGACAGGAUUUUUUUAAGAAUAUGCUCUGUAUCAAUCCUGACCGUAGGUGGUCCAUGAAAAUGGCCCUCGACUGCGCAUGGCUUCGUACGGUCCCGCCGCAUCCGGACGCCGGAAAGCUCCGAGUGCAAGCGACGACGCCUCUAUCCAUGUUUCCUGCGCCUCAAGCUAUCCAGGUCAGGACCCCCGUGGGUCGUGGGAAGCUGCGCUCGACAGAAGAUGUCCUGAGAGCACUCAAACUUCUCAAUAACCUUCCUCCACUAGUGGGUACGCCAGAGGCAGCGCCUGGCCUUCCGGGCGCCGUUGCGUUGCGAAGGUCCCCCCGCGUAGUAAAGAACGCGAAUAUCAAGAGACCGGCCACCCUAAUUGAGCAAGCAGAUGAACGCGUGCAGCAGGCGGCUACGAACGGACACGAGGAUAGUUCCCAAGAAUAUCUACCAGGGAACGACUCAGGAUCGUCGGCGGAAGUCAAAGCCGUGAAACAUAAGCGGCAGAAGGGACGUGGAAACGGUGGCGUACGAGCGGCCAAAGGAAAGGAAAGAGUUCAGGGCGUUCAAGAGGCGAAGGCAGAUAAGCUGUAG